AUGUCUGAAUUACAUAGUACUUUAAUAAAAUAAACAUAAGCAGCCUACAAGAUUACAUAAGUACACGAUGGACGGAUAAGAUGAAAAAGUAAAAUUAUUAUGAACGAGAUAUUUCAUGUAAUUAAUUUAAUAAAAUUAUCUUAUCGAACAUAAACUAGAAUACACAAAAUUCACAUCGGUAUGAAGAAUGAAGAAAAUGCCUACGAGUACCAUGAUUUGUGAGCAACAUUUGAAUAUUAUACUUUAUAUUUAUCAUCACUCUUAAUUUUUUUUUUUUGUUUCUUCCUUCGAAAAAAAGUGAGUGAAAUUUAAUUUCUACUCAAAUAUUAUUUUACAUACUGUGAAGAUUUAUUUAUAGAAUUGGACGUACACUAGCCACAAAAAAUAUUUUAUAUCGAAAUGUAAAUACAUCAUAAAUAUAAAAAAUGAAUUAUGUUGUAAAUUAGCAUAUUAUUUGCUCACUUAACUAAUGCUCACGUAACUAAUCUAAUUCCUUGAACUUUGUGUUUAAAAACCCUUUAAAUGUUUAGUUCGUAUUAGAGCACAACUGGUUUAUUCAUCACACGUUCAGAUAACAUAUAAUAACUGAAUGAACGAAUAAAUAUAUCAAAAAGUGCACGUUCAAAGGUGAAUGGCGUUUUUUAAUUUUUUUGUCCCCCCUCGUUUAAUAUUAAAUCUUCAGAGUUCUAGACUUCAGGCUUUAAAAAUUAUUAGAAUCUAAUUACCGCUAUUACAAGAACUUAAAAUUGAGAAGGUUGAAACUAAUUUUAAUAUCUCACUUUUAUAUAUUAUUUUCUAACAUUUUUUUCUAAUAUUUCACUUUUUGCCUAUGGAUGGCUACACCGGCUGCGUGCAAAGCCAACAGCAGAAUUUCUGAAUACGUCGGAGACGAGCAUGGCGGUAGUCGAGGAUCGCGUUCAUUGGCCAUAAAUUCGCUGUCUCGCGUAUAUUUGACCAUCUCGGCAGUCGUGAUGGCUGUUAACGAUCUCUAUAACCGUUCAGUCUGAUUCACGCGUCGGCCACUGUAUUUUAUAAAUACCUCGCCCUAAAGAAAGGAAAAAGAGAAAGAAGAAAAAUAGCCGUCGAUGUUUCCCGCAUUAAACGACGACAGCUCGUUUAAUUACCGUUCUCUGUGCGUUAAUUAACUCAACGCUGAUCAAAGAAAGCCUUUUAUAGCUGUACGAUCGGCAACCGAUUCGAGCAAGCACGCGAUAACCGGAAACGAGCGAUUACGUUUGAACUCUCGCGUUGCAGAGAGACUUCGAACGACGAUAAUGAGCAUCAAACAUUAAACUCUUUGGCACUCUCUCUCUCUCUCUCUGUUCGCAGGUCGAACGCACGACUCCACGUACACGCUGUACAGAUUAGGGGAGAGGCUGUCGAGCGGGGUGAGGCUGUACGUGGAAACCGGAAGAACGGAUGGAAUGGACGCGGACGGAGACUCGCCGAACAGCCUUCACUCGUUCACCGGGCCUCCGGUGCCGCAAGGAGAAGGGACCAGUAUCGCGAGAGCGUUUCUCGAUGGGAAUCACACUCUGAUAAGCAUCAUGGCACGCAUCAAUCCCAGUCCGGACUGGUUCGUGGGGGUGGACUCCUUCCAACUGUGCGUCGAGGGGAACUGGGUCGACACAGUGACCGUCGAGCUGGAUCCGCUGGACGGCGGGACCGAUAACGGUUUCACAUUCACGGCUGCCAACUGGCCGACGCAGCCCCAAGGAAUCGCCUAUAGGAUCACGUCACGAUACCCGGCACACCCAGCGGGAAGCUUUUAUUAUCCGAAUCUACCUCGUCUGCCACCGAUCGCCACCCUCACUUUCACCAAGGUAACUCGUGAACCUUUCUUUCACUCAGUGCGAUUGUUCUCGAUUCGAGACCGGUUGCUAUACGACUUUGGUACCAAGAGAAAUGUCAGAUAUUCCAGAAACAUGUUUCUCCAUUCGUUUAUAUAAAGAUUAUUUUAAAAAAUAUAAUAAAAAAAGAUUUCUCUGAUAUGACAGGUCUUUACAGUCAUGUGUAUAUAUACAUAAUGAAGUAAAUGAAGACAGACUCGAGUAACUUUUGAUACGCUGCUGUGUGUAACUAUAACUAGUAACACGGCGUGACACGUGUUCAUAUACACCUCCGCUGAAACAAGUUUUUGAUUUGUUCUAGCUUGUUUCAAAAUUGGAAAUGUUAAAUACUCUGAAAGAAUUUCCAAAGUGUUAAUACAUGUGCAACCUAAAGAUUUUGUUUCGUCACUUGCGAAUGUUAAAACUAAAAAUGUUCUAACACUUUCCUCUCAAUAACUGCCAGAAAUAUUUGAUAUUUUCUAUAAGGAUCAGACGUAUUUAUACCGGUACGAUGAACAAGUAUGUUUCAUUCAGUAUCACACUAAAAUGGUAAUAUUAUCUGAAUUAAAAAAUGUAAAUACUAUACGGGGUAUCUAACUUUAUUACACCUUAAGUAUCUCUGUUGUUUUCAGAGAUUUGGUGAAAGAAAUUCAUUCCAUGCGGAAUGAUAUCUUUACAGAUGGAGAAUUUUCAGAGAUUUCUCCGCUCUUUUUGAAUGAUAUAUUUUGAUUUAUUAAUCGAUAUUCUCUAUAAAGAAGCCUCAUUGA